AUGGAUACUGAGAAUCUAUUCUCGAAAGAUAAUAUUGAACGAAUCAGUCUUGGUCUAGGAAUAUCUAUUUUUCUGCUGAUUAUUUUUCUUUUAUAUGGAAAAAUUCAUGUUGUUUUCUUCGUACUUCUCUUGGUACUCAGCUAUAAAUUCACCGAUUAUUACACAUUAAAACUAAAUAAUCCUGAAAAAUAUUUUACGUGCUGGCCAAAUUUAGCCGUCUUCUUUGAUACAACGAAGAUUGUAAAAGAAGAAACUCUUCGAAAAAGACAUGCAAACUGUGUUUAUGUAAAAAAGAAUCCUUGGGUUUAUCUGAUGGUUUCUAAACGACUUGAUGGUGCCCUUAACAAAUUUUGCGACCUUUGUCUUCGAGAUCAUAUCUAUCCAUGGCUAUCAACGAUUACUCACGAUGAUAGUCUGGUUCUUGAAGCUAAACAUAUUUUUCGAUUUUUGUUAGGAACAGUUAUUCGUCGUUUACAUAACGUUGAUCUGAAUGCUUUUAUAACGGAACGAUUUCUUCCACUAAUCUUUCAAACCUGUGAUCGUUAUAUUCAUACCAAAGAAACUCAUUCGUCCACUGAUUCCAUAGAAUUCGUACGAAAAAUGUAUAAAAAUGAUCUUCAUAUCGUGAUGCACAAUCGUCAAAGUGAAUUAAAAUAUUUAAAACGUCUUGUCAUUAGUCUGAUGCCACUAAUAACGCCAAAAUUUAUUUAUAAUUGUAAAGGAACACGCCAUUUUCUAUGCGAAUUACUUGUUUGCCAAAUAUUAAUUGAUGGUAUUGAUGCUGUUUGUCAACCGAAUACCUUAAAUCGUUUAUUUCAUCUUUAUUUUACAAAUGCUAUUCAACGUCGACAAGGAAAUUCAAAACCAAAACCGCCCACUGAAUCGAAUACUGCCGUUGAGAUUCUUUCACAUUUUUGUGCCGUGAAUGGACCAUUACAUAAAAAUAAAUUAGCCAUAGACUUCACUGAUGUUAUGUAUGAAAAAGAAUUAAUGAGUAAAUUUAGUAUUGUACUCGAUCGUAUUGGUUCACUUGGCUUAUUGAGUAUUUACUUAUCUUUGACAGAUAUUCUAAAUGAAAUUCCAAUUGCAACAGAUGUAUUAGUACGGAGGAAAAUAUACGAUCGUUUAAAACGUAUCGACGAACGUUACUUAGAUCCGGCGAAGCCUGACACGUAUAUUAUAAUUAGUAAUCCAUACAACGAACAAGAUAUACUUACAGAUGAACUCAAACAUUUUAUAUACCACAAUUUAGAACCAAGCAUUAGCGAUGAAAAUCAGUCGGAUGCUGCCAAAAAAUCAUUUGAUAUACAACAAACAUUUACAUUAUUAUCGAAAUUUCAUUGUAAAAUCUAUGAAUUAAUCGAAGACAAAUACCAAAGAAAUUUCCUUUCAAGUGAUGAACAUUUUUUUAAUAUAUGCGGUCAACAAAUGGACUCACAAAACUAUGGAAAUAUAAAACACAGAAAUACAAUUGACAGUGCACAGCAACUCCCUAGAUCAAGCUGUUAUACAACAACUUCAUACCAAGAAAUGGAAGAAAAAGACAAAACACAUCUUAGAUGUCCAGAAGAUGUCCCAAGUAUUUCCAGCAAUAGUUCAUUGGAUGAACGAGAUUUGAGUACAUGGCGUGUUCGUAUAGAUCAUGUGCAAGAAUUACGUGAAAGUUUAAAUUCUAAUUCAAAAUAUUCUGCAUUUAUCAUCGAUGUUCAACGAUGUGAUUCACAGAAUGAUAAUUCAUCAGUGCACGAUGAAGGCGGACCUCAUUGGAUUGUUGCAAGACGUUACCAAGAUUUUUAUUUAUUAGAACAAAAACUGAUAGAAUUUCAUGGAAUUUUCAAUGAUGCCCGUUUACCAUCUAGACGAUCGGCACAGACGGCAAGAAGUCUUGAAUUUCUUGAAUCCGUGAAAACUGAAUUCGAACAUUUUUUACGACAUUUAUUAACGAAACCAACAUUACGUAAUAGUGAAUUAUUGUAUAAUUUUCUUACACAACCCGAUGAUUUUACUUUACCAAAUGGUGAAAUAAUCUUAGCGAAAAUGUUUAAAGUUGUACCACGUCGGUUACGUAUAGAGAAAGGACAAUAUCUCGAACCGUUUCUUAUAUCAUUAUUAAAUUAUGCUGAACCCGCUAAGUCAAAAACAACACAACCAACUCCUGUUUUCAGUGAUAUUAUCGAAGAAAAGCUUCAAAAUUCUAUUUAUGGAAAUAAUGCAAAUAUUACUGAACCAUUUUUCGAACCAAUGAUGGAAGAAACUCUAAAUUCCAACGGUGGAGAACCUGAUAGCACUUACGAUCAUUUAAUUUUUAUAGUGAAAAAAUUUUUCUCAGCGUCACCACUAUUAGUUCAUUUAUUAAAUUUAUUUCGUGUACCAUUAAAGAAUACAUUUGAUACAUUCAUUUCACAUAUUCUUGAGCAUAGAAUCGAUGAAAUAUUAAGUGACGACGAGAAUAUUAUUGAAGUUAUCCAAGCACUUCAAGAUACUAUCUUUCCUCAAGAUGCUGAGGAGAAAGAAUCAACUGAUUUAGUGAAUUUCGAUGAUGUUGUUGCAGUAGCUGAACAAUUCAUGCCAAAUGUGAUCAAACGUAUUUUCGGUGAAUUAAAUGUACAGAAUGGUUUACAAACUAUUUUACAACAUUUUCAAGAUCCAUUACUGAACAAACAAUUAUUUUAUACGAUUCUCGAUGAAAUUCUCCAUGUGCUUUUUCCUGAAUUACAAUCACAUUCCGACACGCUAGAAACCAGUACGAUUACAGCUUAG